AUGUCGACGACGCACGACAAUAGCGCCGCUGAGAAAGCCGUGGACACCAAUGACCAUGGAAACCGUGAGCCCGCGUCGGCGCAGAGUUCGCUCUCGUUAGAUAAGGACGUGGCGAUUGGUCUUGUCGGAGAGCAUGCGAGGGAAAUUGACCCUGAGGUCGAGAGACGAGUGCUGAGGAAGAUUGAUUGGUUUCUGAUUCCGGCUAUGAUUGUUGGUUAUGGACUCGUAUACUACGACAAAGCUAUCCUGGGAAGUGCGGUCCUGUUCGGAAUGACCAAAGACCUCUCGCUGAGCGUGGUCGAUACUUCGACGAGACCUCCCACGACGAACACGUCGAGGCUUAGUUGGGCGACUUCGCUGUUCUACUUCGGCAUGUUGGCGGGGUUGUAUCCCAUGACGUUUGCGCUGCAGCGUUUCAAUCUCGGACGUAUCUUGGGCGGCGUCGUUGUGCUUUGGGCUUUGAUUUGUAUGUUGACUGCAGCUGUCUCUACGCACCAAGGUCUGUAUGUCCAGAGGUUCUUCUUGGGAUUCGUGGAGUCUAUCAUCCCCACCGGCUUCAUGUGCAUCGUUUCUGGGUACUACACGCAAGGGGAACAAGCCCUUCGACAGUCAUGGUGGUUCUCAUCCACCGGACUAUUCACCAUCAUCGGCGGCGCUCUCAACUACGGGUUCGCGCAGAUCUCGUCUGGCAGCCUGAAACGAUGGCAGUACAUCUACCUCCUCGCUGGCUGCCUGACCUUCUUAUUCGGCAUUUGGUGCUUCCUGAUCCCCAACUCCCCAGUAUCAGCAUGGUUCCUCACUCCUACCGAGCGCAUCGUAGCCGUCGAACGACUCCGCCGAGGUCAGACCGGCGUCCGGUGCCAGAAGAUCAAACUCUCGCAGCUCAAAGAAGCCUUCCUCGACAUCAAACUCUGGCUCGUCUUCAUCAUGAUGGGCUCAGCGUACACCGUCAACGGCGCCGUAUCCGGCUUCGGGCCCCUGAUCGUGAGCACAUUCGGCUGGUCGACACUCGAGUCCAUCCUCUGGCAAUUCCCGCUUGGCGGCCUCUGCCUCUUCGACAUCCUCCUCUGCGGCUACCUCUCCUCUAAGAUCCCUAACAUCCGCAUUAUCCUGCUCAUCGUCAACUGCCUCCCCGUCAUCGCGGGCUGCGCCAUGAUCUGGAAGAGCAAGUGGACGCACCACGCGCCCACCCCCGUCGCAGGGUACAGCAUCAUCGGCACCUUCGGCGCCGUCGUCAGCCAGACCAUCGUCAUCGGCAUGUCCAACGUCGCCGGCGCAACCAAGAAGUCUGCAAUGGCGGCCGCCAUCUUCGUCGCGUACUGCGUGGGUAACAUCGUUGGGCCGCAGUUGAUUUACAGUCAGACGAAGAAGGACCAUUAUCCUGCGCUGUGGACGGGUUUGAUCAUAUUUUACUGUAUUACGAUCCUGGCUUCAGUGGCAUUGUACGUGGUGCUUUGGAGGGAGAACAAGAAGAGGGAGGGAUUGCCAAUUGACGAGGACGAAAGGGAUAAGUUUGCAUUCAUGGAUCUGACGGAUAAGGAGAACCCUUACUUCAGAUAUGUGCUUUGAGCUAGAGAAAUGGGGAAAUGUAUGUUCAAGACGAAGUAAUUAAUUAGGUUCGUGCCAUAGAUAUUCGAGAGAGUAGAUACAUAUAAUGGUCUUCUGAUGUCAGUAUUCGCGACACACGGACCCCAAUAAACAUACACUCGU